AAGGAGUUUCCACAGUAUAAACAUUCCCUCAUGUCGUGUACGAGUUGACGACAGGGCAAAUACAAAUCCGGUUGCAGUUUACAGAAUUGACAAUGGAAGCGGAAAAGUUUAAUUUAAAUUAUGACGAUCUGGAAAGCAUCGUCCGGUGUUAUUAUAACAAUCCAAAGUUACAGUUUAAGAUUAACUCGAGUCAAGUUACGCCCUUCAGUACGAGCCGUGUCGGUUAUCUUGGUGAUCAUUUCGUGCUAAAGCUGGAGUUCACGCUGCAAAACAAAGCUCAAUCGGAAACAUUAGAAGCCUUUCUAAAGCUCCUCCCCAGUGGCAUUCCGGAGCUAACACGCUAUUUGGAAGCGAUUGGAACUUUUCGGAAAGAAGUUCACCUCUACAAUGUGAUGUUUCCCAAACUGGCACAAUUCACCAGAUUUGCACCGAAGGCUUAUCUCUCGAAAGAUGACCGAUUGCUCGUGUUUGAAAACCUAAAAUUAGAAGGCUUUCGUACAGUAAGCAAUACUGCGACUGGUAUUUUCGAUAAGGCACAUCUGGAGCAAGCACUCGUCGCACUUGCUAAAUUUCACAGCGCUUCAUUAAUGUUAGAAACCAAAACCGGAAAACCCCUCCCAGAAAUGUUUCCUAAGCUAUUAGACGAAAAUUGCUGGGUGCUCAAAGACAAUAAUCCUCGCAUCGAGGAAUUAGAGAAUGCCAUUGAGGUUUUGAAAGAACUGGUUAAAGUUAUAGAAAAAGAAAAUCCCUGUCUAGAUAUUAUUCUAGAAAAAUUACCGGAUUUCAUUCUGCAAAUUUACGACUUGGUGAAACCAUCCACUGUGUACCGAAACGUUGCCUGCCACGGUGAUCUGUGGGGUAGUAACCUGAUGUUUAAGUACUCAGCUGAUGGCCUCCCCAUUGACUGUCUGAUAAUAGACUAUCAGUUUACCCGCUACGCACCACCUGCCUACGAUGUAAACAUGCUGAUUGCAUUGACGACCACGGGUGAGUUCCGCAAGCGACAUUACAAUGAACUGAUCAACUUCUAUUACGAAACGGUUCGACAGCAGCUCAUCGAACAGUGUCUGUCGCCGGGGGAAAUAUUUUCUCGGACGCAGUUUUUGGAAUCGUGCCAACGCUAUCGGACUUCCGGAUUGAUCGAUAAUUUCCUAAUGAAUCAUGUGACUUUGCUGCCACGGUACUGUGUGGAUCAAGUGUUUUCUUCUCCGGAGGAAUACGGCAAUUUCAGCGGGACAGAUAAGAUCCGAAUGUGUUUGGAUGUGUUGGAAAAGGAUGAGACCUAUAGAACAAGGAUUACCGGCAUAAUUAGAGAUAUGAUUGAAGUACUCACAAUCGAUGCGGCGUGCAUAAACGCCAAUGCUUCCAAUGCUUUUGAUAGAUCCGGUAAUUCUAGUAGUAGUGAUAGUCGUAGUUCAGUAGUGCGAUACCAACGCGAAGCGUCUGCCAUGAUGAUGGCUGAUCCUCUGGAACUUAACUCCGAUGAGAAAAAUCAAAUAGUGAAAAAUUUUCUGAACAAUGAAACCAUGCAAUUUGAGAUUAUCUCAACGGUCGUCACUAAUUUGGGUGAUCAACGAACCGGCUAUCUGGGUGACCAUUAUCGGCUCUCCUUCUCCAUACUUUUAAUCGGCGUUGAAUCCGAUCAAAACCAACAGCAGCAGGAAGUAACGCUUUUCGUUAAAAUGUUACCAACCAGAUUACCGCCACUAGCGAAAUAUUUAGAGGAAACUAGAGCGUUCAGCAAGGAAGCUCAACUCUUUCAGCAUAUCAUACCGCGCCUUACUCGAUUCGGCCGGUUCUGCCCGGAGGCAUUGUUUCAGAAAGAUAAUCGCAUGAUUAUAUUCAGAAAUGUCAGGAUAGAAGGUUUUCGCGUGUUAGAACAUAAUAACGGUUUGUUAGAUUUAGUACAUCUCGAGCAGGCCCUUCGGACGCUAGCAAGACUUCAUGCCGCUAGCUUUGCCCUGGAAUCGCAGCUAAAUCAAAACCUUGUGACAGAGUUUCCAGGAUUGCUAGAUGAGAACGCCUGGAUUCUGGAGGAAAAUUAUCCACGGGUGGCUGAAUUAGAAGCGGACAUAGAAACUCUUUGUUUGAUUGUCAACCAUUGGGAAAAGAAUCCUCAGCGAAAGGAAGCACUAGUCAAACUGCUUCCGGAAUGCAUGCGAGAAAUCUAUGAGCUUGUCAAAACAUCCGAAUCCUAUCGGAAUGUUUUCAGUCACGGAGAUCUGUGGAACAACAACAUAAUGUUUCGCUAUUCCGGGGCUGGUAGGCCACUGGAAUGCCUACUGGUUGACUUUCAACUGGCUCGCUAUGUGCCUCCGGCAUAUGACUUUAACAUGUUGGUGACGCUAACAACGACCACAGGAUUUCGACGGAAGAACUACAGUUUUCUUCAGGGGUACUACUAUCAAUCACUGCGAACGGAACUGCUUCGCCAUCAGCUGGAGAUCGAAAAACAUUUGACGCAGGACGAAUUUCGGACCUCAUGCCAACGCUAUGCUCGGGCAGCAGCACUCGAUAACUUCAUCAUCAACCACGUUACUUUACUGCCGAAAAAUUUAUUGGAAAAUGUUUUCUCAUCGCCCGAGUCCUACUCGCAGUUUAGUGGACAGCAGAAAAAUGAUAAAAUUUUAAAAGUAUUUGAUGAAGAGCUGGGUUACCGAACCAGAAUCGUGGAUAUGAUUGAAAAUAUUAUUGACAUUAUUAAGUUACCAUGA